AUGGCAGAUAGUAAUAAUAAUAUUAUAUUAUUUGAUAUGGCUAAAAAUGAAAUGUUUGAUAUCAAUGAUAAUUUGAAAAUUUUGAGAAGGAAAUUGCAAGGAUCUUAUACGAUUGCCAUAAAUAAACAUGAGAUCACAGUGGAUGUCCUAAAUGGUGUGCAGUUAGUUGUAUUUGGAGCUCCUCGUGCUAUGUUUUCAGAAGCAGAAUUUAAUUGUCUUCAUAAAUAUAUUGAUCUUGGAGGAUCCGUAUUGGUUAUGUUUUCUGAAGGAGGCGAAAAAGAACUACAUACUAAUAUAAAUUAUUUAUUAGAAGAAUUUGGUAUAAUGGUUAAUAGUGACUAUGUAUUACGCACACACUAUUAUUUAUAUUUCCACCCAAAAGAAUGUCUUGUUAAAGAUGGUGUUGUUAAUGAAGCUGUGGCUAAAUAUUUGGACCGAGAAAAUGAAAACACAUCAAAAUGUAUAAGUUUUGUAUUUCCUUAUGGUGCUAGUUUAAAUGUGGCUAAACCAGCUGCUCCUAUACUUACUAGUGGUUCUGUUGCUUAUCCUCUUAAUAGACCACUCUGUGCUUUUUAUUCUGCUUCAAAGUAUUCCAACAAAGCCAAAAAAGGAAAACUUGCAGUCAUUGGUUCUGGUCAUUUGCUAACAGACAAAUAUAUUAAUUGGGAAGAAAAUGAUAAAAUCCGAGAGAUUUUGUUUGAUUUCUUGAUCACAAAUAAUAUAACUUUAAAUGAAAUUGAUGCUAAUGAUCCUGAGGAAAACGAUUACGAAUGGCAUCAAUCUAAAUUGUGGACUUUAAUUGAGCUAAUCUUAUUUAAUGUAACCCACGUAAUGAGUAAUACUUCAUAUCGUACAUUCGUACAAAUAAAUACGCUCCGGAAAAUAUCUUUAAUUUAUACAAAACAGGGCUGUACUAUAGAGCAACACACCUUACUACUGCAUGGUCUUAAAAAAUGCACUGGCCUCUGCAGGGAAAAAGAAUAA